AGCCGACAGCUCGCCGAGUCAUCUCCCUACUAUGAGUUGAUCAAAUCGCAGAACAAGGAGGUUCUGUUCCUGUAUGAACCUGCGGACGAGGUGGUCUUCCUCUCGUUGGGACAAUUCCAGAUGAAGAGUUUGGUCGGAGUUGAGAAGUGGGCUGAGAGCGCUGCAUCUACAGAUACCGAAAAGGCGGACACAAAGCAGUUCCGUGAUAUCAACAAAAAAGAGUUGCUGGACUGGAUCAAAACCACGUUGGGAUCUGUGAAGGUCCAUGAUAUAGCUGGACAUCACCGACCCAGCGACCAUCCAGUGAUGUUGACAAUCAAGCACGAGAUGGGUGCUGCAAGGCAUUUGCUACGAACAGGUGAAAUCAAGGAUAUGGAGCACCUGGUCUUCCUGCAACCGAGCUUGCAUGUGAAUCUAACGCACCCGUUGAUUAAAAGUCUCUACGAUUUGAAGAGAACAGAUCCGAAGACAGCAGAACUUCUCAUUUCUCAGAUCUAUGACAAUGCCCUGAUCACGUCAGGCCUUCUAAAGGACACUAGCGGUAUGGUACAGCGGUUGAAUAAGCUGCUUACACAAUUGGCAGCAAAAGACAAGAGUACAAUUCUGACGCCGUAG